GUGCAGGGUGUACUGAUAGGCUCUGAUAGUCGGUUAGUCAGUAAGCGGCCAGCCGUCGCGGAGGCUGCACGUGCGCCAUGGCCUCGCUGACGCUCUUGUGCGCCCUCCUCGCGUUCGCAGGUUGCAGCGCAGCCGUAGACAGAAGCAUACGGAAAUUAAGAGGCAAAGUAGAGUUGCCAGCUGGCUGUCUGUACGACGGUCGGUGGCACAGUGACGGCAGUGCGGUGGGCACGCGCGAAGCCUGCCUCGCGUGCGCGUGCGCCCGCGGCGCGCUGUCCUGCCGGCGGCGCGCCUGCGCCCCCCUGCCCGAGCCGCCGCCGCACUGCCAAGUGUUGCAGCGGAGGGGAGAGUGCUGCCCGCAGAUACAGUGCCCGGAUGGAGUGAAUUUUAUGAAUGGACAAGCUCAAUUAGAAGAAACUGAAGUCGCUGAAAACUUUGUCGGACUUGCCCUUCCCGCUUGUGUGGAAGGCGGCACAGUGUAUGCAGCUGGGUCGGCUAUGAGCUCUUCUAUAGCAUGCGAGCAGUGCUUCUGCUUGGGGGGUGCGCGGCGCUGCGUGCGGCCGCAGUGCCUGCCUCCCCCGCCGGGCUGCCAGCCGCGCCCUGCGCCCGGCGCCUGUUGCCCGCAGCGGUAUUAUUGUGAACAUGACUCUGAUGUCGCCUCAGAAAGAAAUCCAAAUGACUGUCAAACCAGUCAAGGCAAGUGGAUAGGGGAAGGAGAGAGAGUAGCGUCUGGAGACGAUUGCUCGCAAUGCUUCUGCCUGAGGGGCGCGAUCCGGUGUCAGCAUCUAUCUUGUGCUCCGAACCUUCAGGGAUGCAAGCCGCUCGUACAAGCGGGCCAAUGCUGUCCUCACCAGUACCAAUGUAAUCACACAAGACCAGAAGUGAAACCUGUAUUAGGUAUCAUCCAUAACUUGUUUACUCAUCCAGAAAAUUAUUUGGAGCCAUCGCAAAAUGAAGAUCGGUCUUUUCACCCUUCAAAAUCAACUAAACGAGAAACCACUAUCAAAACAAUAAGUACACCCACAGACAAAAGUACAUCUGUCCCCACAAGUAAAAAACAACCCACUACUUCCACUACAGACGUCAAAACUUCGACAACACAAUUAUCUGCAGAGAGUGACAGUACGGUAAUGACAGAAACAACAGUGAAAUUGGACGAUUAUACUAAAGAUUCGACAACAGUGACUGAGCAAAGCACUACUGAAGAAGUUGCUGAUAGCCAGACAACAGAACAGCCUGAGGGCUCGGUAAAAAUAAUGAUAAACGGUACAAUUAAUUGUACAGCUGAAUUAUCUUCUACGUCUCUUUUGUACAACAUUACGAAUAUUAACGAUACUUUGAAAAUGCACAUGGAGACUCAACCACGAAUACCUUUUGUCGACAGCUUAGAUAUAGAAACCCAUACGUUCCCUGCAAACGAAUUGAUAACUGAAAAGAGUUACAAUGAGGACUUCGAUGACAAUGAGAGCUUCGUUAUAAACGUAACAAGUUCAUUAAGAACAAACACAUCGUUCCCUUCUUCUGUGUCUACUUCAACUACGGUUACUCCUAAAACUGUGUCGCCGAUGUUGGCUGAUUCACACAAUAUUACCAAGAAAACAAAAGAAGAAUCUGAUUACGACUAUAAUGAACCAACGCUGCCACCUUCAUUACCUAAUUUGAAAAUAAUUCCCUUUGUAGCCGCCGAUGCUGUUGUUGAUGAUGAUGAUAUUGCUCCAAAAGAAGACUUGUCAUAUCCUGCCCUAGACAGAGAAGACAAAUUCCCUGUUUACUAUCCAAAUAUUGUUACAAAAGAUAUACCAUAUGCAACAAGACGUGAAGAUGUUUAUAAUCCAACACAGUAUCCCGUUUUCCCGAAUAAGGAAGAUUCUCUUUAUCCCUUACCUCAUGAAAUACCUGAAACUUAUGCUGGUCAUGUGGAUGAUUUGGAGAGUCCAAUGGAAUUUACUGUUGGAACUUCAUUUGGGAGCGCGAAGGAAAUUAAAACCGAACCAAAAAUAUCCAUCACGACCGACAAUAUGAAGGUUGAAACACCCGCAGUAAAUUUGUUUUCCCCACCCGUUGAAACCGAAGGUGGUUUUAUUCCCAAAGGACCUGGUAUUAUUGACGAAUAUUAUGCAAUAUAUCCUAGUACACCAUCAGGGCCAGUUAUGCCCCAUUUAACAACAUCAAUGCAACUAGAUGAAAAAGGUCAAUGUAUAUCGAAUGACGGUCAGCAAGUCGCUGAAGGAGAAUCGGUCAUGCAAGCCUGUUCUAUCUGCACAUGUGCAUGGGGAGAACUUCAUUGUUCUCCGCGCCCCUGCAACACGCCCCCAGGAUGCAUACGCCGCCUUGUGACUGCAGGACAGUGCUGUGGUGAACUGGUUUGUGACCGAGCAAAUAAGACAAAAAUAACUUCAACAACAACGUCGACUACAACCGAAGCUAAUAAAAUAACCAACAUAACACUGGAUACAUCUCAAAACAAAGGGGCAUUUAAAAAUAAUACUGAAACCAAACCGCCCAGUAUUAAUACAACUACUAUAAAGAAUAAUGAAAAUACCUCAAGUGAUACCAAUGGAGAAUAUGUUGGAAAAAAUCCGAACAUUAGUUCAACAGUUAUCCCUACGUCAACAGUUGUAAUAACCACAACAGAAAAGCAAACGUCACAACACGAUAUUUCCACAAAGGAUCAAACAAAUCAAAGUUCCCAAUCUCAAGAAUAUGAAGAUGAAGAUGAUGACGAAGGGUUCUCAUUAGGAAACGUCUUAAAGCUGCUCCUCAGCGAAACAUAUGAAACCACUACCACAGUGCCAUUUAAAAAAAUGCCUCCAAACGUUGCCACGAAUCUACCAAAGCGGACAACCACAACUCCAGCACCAACGACCACCCGAAAACCGCCAGUUGUAUCGAAUUUUGUUCCAUCAAAUCAGUACUCAUUUAUUCCUUCGAAAAAAUUGAAUACAGUUGACAGGAUCGAUCACCUGGUUCUCGGCGAAGCGACUGCAAUAAAGAGAACAACCACUCGCCCCACCACACCUAAACCCUUCACACCCACAAGAAAACCAUUCUCGAAACCGACUCCUCGACCAAUAACGACUAAAACUAUUGAAAUAACCAGCAAGGGUCAAUCGGGGCAGGCCGUAGAAGUUUCUAGACCAUCGAAUAUGUUACCAGGAUUAAUACCAGGUCUGCCGAAGCUCGCCGGCUGUAAUAUAUACGGCCGAAUGUACCACGUCGGAAGGAUGAUAGCUGAACUGUCAUCACCAUGUCAGGAAUGCAAAUGUACGGAACUUGGGGUGCAAUGUAGACCAUUAAUGUGUAGUUAAUCGAUAUACAUGAUACAAUAGAUAUUAAUGUCCAUACUUUGAGCUUCAGCUCAGAUUGAAUCUGACAAUGAACGUUUAUAUAUAAGUGAUUGAACAAAACGUUUGUAAACGUACGCAUUAUUUUGGAAGUCAAUAUACCUCGAAGAAUUGCAUUUAUAACAACGCAUAUUGCGCUGUUACUAAUUACAUAAAGCGUUUUUAAUAAUAAUUCUUACGUGUACUCAUUAUGUGACUUAAAAAAUCAAGAAAGAUACAUACAUAUAUUAACUACAAGGCCAUUCUUUUACAUUUAGUCGAAUUUAUAGAAGCGGAAUCAUAAUGCAAAUGAGUUUUUACAAACAUGUAAUACUUUGUCAAUACUUUGUUCGUUAAAAACGCUUCUGUGGUUAGUAUUUAGCAUAUUUAGCCAGUAAGACAUUUUAGUUAGUUAAUUAGAUAAGCAGUGUUUAGCCGAUGGCUUUGAUCUCACUUCUUAAUAAUAUGUAUUUUCAUGCAGACAGUUUUGAUUUGCUUCGAUAAUUCCUCAAACUUUAUUUUUACCAUAGAUUGCAAAUGUAAGAAUGGCAAAUUUAGUAUUGUAUUUCAUUAAAAAAAAAAAAUACAUAUCAUACGCAAAAAUGAUUUACGAGUCUUACAGUUAUGUAUAAAAAUCAAUAAAUUUUAAAAUAUGAAGCAUAAAAUUAUAUGAACUCAGUACCCUAUGAGUACACAAACAAAUUAUUCACGAGUAUUUUUGCAGUGUGAUUAUAAACCAUAGAUCCUUGUUGUUGCCUUGAAACCAUCUGAUAAAAAUAAAACGAUAAAGCUUU